GAAGAUGUAUAGUAUGCCAGUUAUCUAACUUUCUUUACUGUUGAUAAAUUAAAAUACUAUCAAUAUCGAUUGAAAUAUACACAAAUCUACUUAAUGACUGUAUGAAAGGCAAAUUGUAGAUCAAUGGACGGAAAAUAUACUAUCAAUUCGAUAAAAGCGAUUUCGUCAUGAAUACUAACCUAAAAAAUGAGACGCAUUCGGAAAAUAUUUACAAUAGUAUUGGGCUUAGCAAUAUUUCUAACACUUAUUGAUGAAUUAUUUUGUAGACAAUUUCUGUGUGAAACGCCAAAACGACAGUAUCUAAUUGAUCUAAUGUCGACUACGUUGAAUGCAAAAUCGAUUGCUAUAAAGCAAUAACCUUUCUGAUGUUUUGAAAACGAUAUAAAUAUGAUUAUUAUGCUUGAUCACCAGUGUAAACAUAUAGGUAUAUUAGGAUUAAAAAAAGUACAGGGUAUCAUUUAUAAGGACAAUUCGGUACGCAUGCGUAUUUAAAAAUAAUAAAGUUAAACGUAAAGGGCGCUGUGAAGUAGCUAUAUAUUUUGUAUACAUACAAAAAUGGUUCCUUCUUAGCCAAUAAAUGGAGCGUUGGGUCAAGGUUUAUGAAUAAUGCAGAUAUGUGUCCAUGCCUAGAAAUGAAUUAAUCGAUUUUAGAAGUAGUUAGCAUUGGUGGUACUCUAAUUUAGAAUCAUCAUAGCAACUUUCGCAUAGAAUUUAAUUAUGUUGUACGUUAAAACAGUAAUUACUGGAGUAGGCCUACCUUAAUGUUUAUUUGAAACUUCCUGUUCACAUAAAUAUAGUUGAGAGAACAACAUUGAGAAUUACGUGGAUGUAAGAAAUAUGUCUACAAAUUCAGAGCCAGAAAAUCAACAAUUAGAAGAAGAGAGAAGUAAUUCUGCCCAAGAUAAAGAUAAGGAGAAUGAUUGCAGUGCAAAUGAAGUUAGCGGUGCAGAUAACGCAGUGGAUGAUAUGACCGACAAAAAGGAGACAGAAGGAGAGCAAUCAAAAGAAAAUGAUGGUAACCAGGAGGAGGAAAAAACAGACAAAAUUACGAGUAUACAUACAGAUAACGGCCAAUCAGAGAAGGCAGACGGACAGGAUAUUGAUAGUAAUAAGAAUGAUGUUUCAGAAAAGAAAAAUGAAGAAUUAUCGGAAAAGAAAGACAAUGAUGUCUCAGAGGUCAGUGGAAACAAAAAUGAUUCAGAAAACGACGACAAAGUGACUGAAAAGGGUGAUAGAGACGUGAACGAAAAAGAAAAAGAAGACUCAAUGAAUCAACAAGAGAUGAAAAAUGAAAAGGUGAAAGAGAAGAAUAACAAAGCUAAGCAACCACAAGACAAACAAACAUACGAGUUCAUCUCAGCCAUCGUUAAAUCGUCAAUGAAAGACACGUUCGUGACCGUACUCGAGCAGUUGGAGGCAGUCCAAGUGUCAUUGGGUCAGCUACGGCAUCUUAUGAAAAGAGCAGAGAAAAAAAAUUCUUUUGAAGACACAGCUGAUUUAGAAGAGCAGGAAAUGCCACCAAACAAGAUAAAUAACACAGAAUCUUUAGCGACUAUGUCAACAGAAGAUUCGUCAAAAACAACAAAUACCGGACAAGAAACAUCAGAAGUUGACGACCAAGUAACACAUAACAAUGAAAAGACAACGCCAACCAGUGAUUCAUAUGAUAAACCAGCAUUACCAGGUGGCACAUCUGAACCUACUGAAAGCAGGCAUGAUACCAGCUUUAAACAAGAGGCCCUUGUGGGAAAUAACAAAUCUGACACAGAGACUGAGAUAAAAACACCAAUGAUAUCAGAUAACCAGCAAGAAGCAUAUAACAACACAAAAGAAGAAAAUGCUACAUCAGGAAGCAAGGAAGGAGCACCAGAGGAAGAUGCAGAAUCACAAGGAAUAAAUCAAGAAGCACUAGAAGAUAAACACACAUCACCUCUUAACAAUCAAAGUACACCAGAGGAAACGCAAACAAUACCAGGAAGCAAACCGGUAACAUCUAAUGACAAUUCUGAAAAUCUGGAAAGUAAGUUAAAAUCUAGAGACGAGAAAGUAGAAACACAAGAAGAUAAUUCUGUAAAACAAGAAGAGACUCCAGAUGACAGAUCAGGGACACCAGGUAGUAAACCUAGAACACCAGAUAGUAAGCCAAGGAUAUCAAGUAGCACUCCAGAAACACCCGGAAGUAAACCAAAAGCACCAGAUAAUAAGUCAAAAACUCCAGAGACUGAUGAUAUUGAUGCAGAGGUAGCUGAAACUAUAGCACAGCCAGACGAUGAGACAGUUCAACAGACAAAUACAGGAAAAAAUGCUGAUUCGCCUUCCCCGGUAGCUCAUAAUCCUCAAGCGCCUCCAGGCAGACGAUCAAGUCGACUAAGAGGGAGAGUCAAGUCUAGGUGUGCAUCCGUCAAUUCUUCGUCUUCAAGAAACAAUAGCGCUCAGUCCGUACACAGGCAAACACCCUCUAAACCAUCUAUUGCAAAAGCAGAUGAUGGAAAAGACGACUCAAUCGAACGACAGCAUUAGUAUCGACCAAGCAGAGAAAAGAAUGAGAUGGCAAAUGACGCAAUGUUACAACACAGACUAUUAAAAAGAUAUACCCAUGACCAUGAUCGUCGUCGUCGUUUCCAUUAUCAUCAUUACCUAAUAAUCAUCAUCACAACAACCACUACAAGGUUGGAUUUGUUAUUCAAUUAUCCAGUCCUAUAGUAAAGCACUUUAUCUGUAUUGCUUUUUUCUCUACCCUGGUGUAUAAUUGAGUGCAUGGUGCCGGGUAGCCUGCUCCUGUGCCAACACUUAUGUGGUAUAAGAAGUGGUAUUUUUUGUACUUGAGUGAAAGGAAGACUUUUGAACAAAAUUAAAAAAAAAAAAAAAAUAAAAAAUGCCGACCCGAUUUUUUCGAAAUUUUCGAACGGUCGCUAAAGGCAACACAACAUUUUUGGCCUAAA